AAUAGCAGCAUGCCGUGACUAUGUUUAUCCGAGAAAAAACAUUGGCGUUUGUUUGGUUUUGAUAGACGCAUGUCUUUUUGAAAUUUCCUUCUCCGGAGCCAUUUGUAGUCAAAAAUUUUCAUUUCGGUCAACCAUUUUGUGAAAUUCGCGUUAAAAUGGCGCCGUGGUGGGGCAAAUGCAGCAGGAGCGUACGUCGUGCCUUGAAUGACGCAGUGCGUACGCGCACCUACUGCGAUUGCCCCGACUCAAAACGUAAAGGUCUCAUCCUGGGGGUGUACCAAGGCGAGGACAAUGAACCGCGACUCAGCGACGCCGCGCGGCAAUUCAAUGACAAAUUGGGCGGCAGGUUAAUGGAGAUAAUGAAAGCCUCCGGGGCGGAUUUCUGUAAAGCAAAAGGCAAAGUCUUUCAUAAUCUAGAUGAGGAAUUCAUGGCUGUAGCAGUGGUGGGUCUAGGUCCAAAGAACCAAGGUUACAACGAAAUGGAAGCCAUUCAUGAAGGUAUGGAAACUGCCAGAGUGGGAGCAGCUGUAGGUACCCAUAUGUUAAUGGAAGAAGAGCACGUGAAUGAAAUCGCUGUGGAAGAUAUGGACUUCUCUGAAGGUGCAGCUGAAGGAGCAGUGUUGUCAAUGUGGAGGUACCAGGAAUUCAAAGAUAAAAAGAAUGGCAGUGAUCCCAAGUGUAUCCCUUUUGGGUCCUCAGAUACAGACAGCUUCCAGAGGGGUAUCUUCAAAGCAGAAGCCCAAAACUUGGUUAGAAAAUGGACAGACACACCUCCCAAUUACAUGACCCAACACUUUGCCCAGGAAGUGGUUAACCUCCUAUGUCCCUGUGGUCUUCGUGUGGAGAUCCAUGACAAGGAUUGGAUUGAGAACCAUAAAAUGUUUGGACUUAUACACAUAGCAAAAGGGUCAUGUGAACCCUUCAUGGUUUUGACAGUCAGGUACUGUGGAGGACCCGAAACACAAAAACCCAUUGUUCUCAUUGGAAAAGGUAUCACCUAUGAUAGUGGAGGUGUGUGUCUAAAGGACUGCAAAGAUCAACCUCCUUACCGAGGAGAUUUCUCUGGAGCUGCUUCUGUGGUAGCAGCAAUGUACACAGCAUCAGCUCUAAGCCUUCCUGUAAACAUCACUGGUAUCCUCCCAGUGUGUGAGAACAUGGUCAGUGGUAUGGCUAUGAAAUGUGGGGAUAUCAUUUGUAAUCCCCGGAUGCAAUCGAUAAUGAUUACUGACACUGACAAUGAAGGUAUUGUCUUACUAAGUGAUGCCUUGGCAUAUGCUAACCUACACCUUCAACCUCGUUUGUUGAUUGACCUUGGGGCUGUGUCACAUGGAAGUGGACAUGCUUUGGGAUCAGCAGCUUCUGCUGUUUAUACUAAUUCACAGACCAUGUGGGCCCAGACUAGGAAAGCUGGUAUUAUUACAGGGGACAGGGUAUGGCGUAUGCCAUUGUGGAAGAGGUUCACUAAGGAGGUUACGGAUUUUACGUCCCAUGAUUUGAAUAAUAAGGGACGUACUAAGGCUAGUUCUCCGAUAGCUGCUGCGUUUUUACAAGAGUGUAUCAGGUGUGUGGAUUGGAUCCAUUUUGACACUUCGAAUGUCAGUUUGGAGGCGACGGAUAAAUGCUAUCCGUAUUAUUUGAAGGGCCGGAUGACGGGGCGUCCGACACGGACGUUGAUUCAACUGUUGUAUCAGUUGGCUUGUCCUGAAGAGGGCGCGCGCGAGAUUAAAUAACCUGGGAGUCUGAGUUGAUUCAAGAAGAUUGAAAUUUUCAGUUUACAUUUUUGGUUAUGUCAUUUCAAUAUUUAUUUCCUAGACAUUAUAUCAUUAAAUUUAGUGUAUAUAUAA